AAGAUGGCGGCGGCGGGAAACAGGGAGGCGGCGUGAGAGGUGGCCGAGGGGCGGGGGGGGUGUCCCCAUCCCCCCGCGGGGUCCUUCUGUUGGGGUGUCCCCCCCCCCGCUUGUGGGGUCCUUAUAGCGGGUGUGGGGGGCUCUCUUGGGGUCUCCACGGCUUCGGGAUCCCCCCGGCUUUAGGGUCCCUCCGGUUUUGGGGUUCCCGGCUUCAGGGUCCCCCAGCUUUGGGCUUCCCCUGUUUUUAGGGUCUCCCGGUUUUGGGGUCCCCCCAGUUGUGGGUUUUCCCCGGCUUUAGGGCCUCCUGGUUUUAGGGUCCCCCAGCUUUGGGGUCCCCCCAGCUUUAGGGUCUCCCCGGUUUUGGAGUCCCCCAGCUUUGGGCUUCCCUUGUUUUUAGGGUCUCCCCGGUUUCGGGGUCCCCCAGCUUUGGGCUUCCCUUGGUUUUAGGGUCUCCCUGGUUUUAGGGUCUCCCUGGUUUUAGGGUCCCCAGCUUUGGGGUCCACCCCCCCCACCCCCCCCAGCUUUAGGGUCCCCGCCUCCGGUUUUGGGGGAGGAGGAGGAGGAUGGCGGAGGAGAAGAAGCUGAAACUGAGCCACACGCUGCUGCCGGCUGAGUCGAUGAAGGUGAUGGCGGAGGCCAUGGGCAUCGGGCAGGUGCCCGAAGAGACCUGCCAGCUGCUGGCCGAGGAGGCCAGCUACCGCCUCAAGGAGAUAGCCCAGGACGCUCUCAAAUUCAUGCACAUGGGGAAGCGGCGCAAGCUGACGACGGGGGACGUCGACUUUGCUCUCAAGCUCAAAAACGUGGAGCCCCUCUACGGCUUCCACGCUCAGGAAUUCAUCCCUUUCCGUUAUGCCAGCGGCGGCGGCCGUGAGCUUUAUUUUUACGAGGAAAAAGAGGUGGAUUUGAGCGAUAUCAUCAACACCCCGCUGCCCCGCGUACCCCUCGACGUCUGCCUCAAGGCUCACUGGCUCAGCAUCGAGGGGGUGCAGCCGGCCAUCCCUGAAAACCCACCACCUGCCCCCAAGGAGCAGCAGAAGGCCGAAGCCACAGAGCCCCUCAAGUCCACCAAGCCAGGGCAGGAGGACGAUGGGACCCUGAAGGGGAAAGGACAGAGUGUGACCACCACUGAUGGCAAAGGGAAGGAGAAGAAGGGUCCCUUGCUGGAGGGGACCCCGCUCCGCCUCAAACCCCGCAGUGUCCACGAGCUCUCGGUGGAGCAGCAGCUUUACUACAAGGAGAUUACCGAGGCUUGCGUGGGCUCCUGCGAGGCCAAACGCGCAGAAGCCCUCCAGAGCAUCGCUACCGAUCCCGGUCUCUACCAGAUGCUUCCACGCUUCAGCACCUUCAUCUCGGAGGGGGUCCGCGUCAACGUGGUGCAGAACAACUUGGCGCUCCUCAUCUACCUCAUGAGGAUGGUGAAGGCUCUGAUGGACAACCCCACUCUCUACCUGGAAAAAUCCCUCCACGAGCUCAUCCCUGCCGUCAUGACGUGCAUCGUCAGCCGCCAGCUCUGCCUGCGUCCCGACGUGGACAACCACUGGGCCCUGCGGGAUUUCGCCGCCCGGCUGGUGGCCCAGGUCUGCAAGAACUUCAGCACCACCACCAACAACAUCCAGUCCCGCAUCACCAAGACCUUCACCAAGAGCUGGGUGGACGAGAAGACGCCCUGGACCACACGCUACGGCUCCAUCGCGGGGCUGGCCGAGCUGGGCCAUGACGUCAUUAAGACGUUGAUCCUACCUCGGCUGCAGGUGGAAGGCGAACGGGUCCGGAGUAUACUAGAAGGUCCCGUGGUCAGCAACAUCGAUAAGAUCGGGGCCGAUCAUGUCCAGACCCUGCUGCUGAAGCACUGUGCCCCGGUGCUGGCCAAAAUCCGGCCCCCCCCUGAUAACCAGGACUCCUACAAGGGGGAUUUUGGGUACCUGGGGGCUUUGCUUUGCACCCAUGUGGUGAAGGCGCGGGCGCAAGCCGCCAUGCAGGCCCAGCAAGUCAACCGGACCACCCUGACCAUCACCCAGCCACGUCCCACCUUGACCUUGUCACAGGCCCCCCAGGGCCAGGGGGGGCCCCCGCGACCCCCCAGCAUCAUCAAGGUGCCCAGUGCCAUCACCCUCCCCGUGCAGACUCUGGUUUCGGGGCGCCCAGGGACCCCCACCCAACCCUCGCCACCCCCCACCAAAUUCAUCGUCAUGUCAUCGGCCUCGGGGACGAGUGCGUCACAGCAGGUGAUCACCUUCAGCACCAGCCCGGCGCCCACGGCCACCUCCCCUGUCACCACCACUGUCCCCAGCGUCCAGCCCGUGGUGAAACUGGUGUCGGCGGCGCCCACGGUCCCCAGUGCCACCGUCACUGGCAGCGUCCAGAAGUACAUCGUGGUGUCCCUACCCCCCACCGGUGACAGCAAGGGGGGCACUGGGACGCCCACGGGUGCCACCACCCCGGGACCCCAACUGUCCCCCUCUGCCACCACCUCCCCUGCUGCCGCUGUCCCCUCCGCUGUCACCCCCAAAUCGGAGCCUGGGGACAGUCCCCAACCGCCCCCCCCAUCCUUCGGUAAAGCCAACGGGACCCCCGGGGCAGUGGCACAGUCCCCCCAGUCUGCCCAGUGACC